CUCUUUUCCGCAUCUCAUUCGUUGAACAACUCGCGCCGCGGCGCUCUGUAUAGCUGUGCAAAUAGCUCUGUUGUAAAAUCCAAGAUAUGGGUUUCCAGCGAGUGCGCGACCAUCGGCUCGUUAGCGUCGUAGCGCGCCAGGACGGGGAGGGGGGAGGGAACGGCGGGGGAGCGGGCGGCGGGGGAGCGGGCGGCGGGGGCGCGGCAACGGGGGACGAGACCACCCGCGGCGGCACCUCGGCCACGGCGACGACCACCUCGCGUGAGACGGAGACGACCACGGACGCGACCACCACGGAGCAGACCUCGCAGACGCAGGAGACGACGCAGCAGGAGACGUCCACCGCGACCACCACUUCCGAGCGCCCUACGACCACCAGCGAUACCGAGGAAACCACCUCCGAGACCUCCACUGAGGAGACCACGACGGCCAGGACCACCACCCGCCAGCGCACCAGUACCUCGUCCAGCGAUACCGCAACGUCCACCUCGACCACGUCCACCAGGGCGACCACGACAACUGCUGCGGCAACCACAUCCACCUCUGAUGACAACGACGACGAUGCCGCGGAUAGCACCGCCCUUACCUCCUCGUACCACUCUGCGGUGCACACCAGCCCUACCGGGAACAUCACAACCCACACCGUAAGCGCCUCCGAUGGCGCUACCAAGGCAUCCAGCAAUCUCAACACGGGUGCCAUGGCUGGAGGUAUCGCUGGUGGUCUUAUCGGCCUCGCCAUCCUCGUCUUUGGCAUCCUUUACUUCCUGCGCCGUCGCUCCCGCCGCCGUCGUGCAGCCGAGUUUGAUGCGGCGCAGUUCCGCCAAUCCACCUUUGGCGGCCCCAACAUCUUCACGCCUCGCCCGCCCAGUAUGGCCGAGCGCGGUCACCAGUUCGCGCCCAGUGUCAGCUCGAUCGGAACAAACAAUGCUGGGCGUGGUGCCGGUGUCGUCGAGGUAGCGGGGACGGCUGGAGUUGGUGGAUACGCGGAUCUCGAGCGCGAAUCACCCGUUCCCGCCACCACCGCAGCUCACUCCUCUUCGCCGUCGAAGGAGCUGCGCCCUCGGCCCCAGUACACCUUUGGCCAAGUGCCGACAGAGGGCGUCUCGCACGAUGACACGAGCGAGAACCACGGCACAGGCGCGUACGCGUCGGAGCCCCAGCCCCUGGACGCUUACGACCACACAGCGUACGGCGGCUACGCCCACUCUGGCGACCACCAGGCAUACGUCGCACAGGACGGGUACGGGCAGUACGCCUACGACCAGCAAAACGUGGCCACGCAGCCGAACUACUACCAGCAGCACCCAUAUAGCGCUGGUCCCCCGCCCGCCGCGAUGUAGCGUCGUGAGCCGUCGACAAAGGCUCCCGCCCAAAUAAGAAUCUACUCAAAUCGCACUGACCACAAUCCCCCCGCGCCCCCUCCUCGCCUCCUCUUAAUGCCUUCGUUACGCGACCCCGCCGAUGGACUAUGGCGACGUGACGCGUCCCGCUGCGCGGCUGUAGAUUUUCCUGUAGUACCGCACGCCGAGCGCCUGCG